AUGGAUAAGAAGACUUUGAAGGCAAUUCUUGAUAAAAAACUAGAUCCAAUUAAUGUCAAAGUAAGGGAAACAAACCUAGCGGUCGAAGACUUAAUGAUAUCAAUUAAGUUCAGGAGUUCGCAAUAUGAUGACAUGAUUAAGAAAUUAGAGGAAUUCGAGAAAAUAAAUAAAGAUGUCAUCCAAGAGAACGAAAGACUAAAGGCCGAAUUACUUAGGACGGCGAAUGAAGUUAACCAGCAGAAAGUCACCAUUAAUAAUCUUGAGCAGUAUUCCAGAUGGGAUUGCCUGGAAAUUAAAGGCAUACCGGUUCACACUGAAGGUAGUUCAAGGUCUGAUGACCUGAAUGACAUAGUAUUAAAAGUUGCCAACACUAUUGGAGUGCAGAUGGAUAUGAAAGAUAUCUCGGUAGUACAUCGACUUCCUAGGAGACGGAUCUCAAAUGUUUCAGAGUCCUCUGAUAAUUUACAAGAUCAUCAACCACCAAAUGUCAUUGUUAAAUUCGUCAGGCGAGAAGUGAGAGAUAAUUUUUAUCGUGCUAGAAGAAAUCUGAAGGAUAAAUCUGCAAGAAAUCUUGGAUUUACCUCGACCAACCGAAUUUUUGUUUCAGAAAGCUUGACAGAAAUGAACAAAAAUCUUUUCAAUAAAUGCCUGAAUAUGAGAAGAGACCUUGGUUUCAAAUUCAUCUGGACUCAUGUGGGAAAGAUAAAGUUACGUAAAGAUGAAAGAUGUCCUGUGGUGAAUAUUCAUUCCAUUGACGAUAUUCAGAAGAUACAAGUUAAUCAUUAA